AAAACCCUGCGGAAAAUCUCCUCUCUCUCAUCCUUUCUUCUCCUUCCCCCACCGCCGCCGAAGCUUCCGGUUGUUGUGGUUCUUCCUCCUCCUCCUCGAACCCUCGGGAGAGAUCGCGGCUCGAGCGGUGGAGGAGGUGGCGGCGGUUGCUAGAUCUCCGGCGUGAGAUGGACUGGAAGUCGAUGGGCGUGGAUCGCGGGCGGUGAUGAUGUGUUCCAAUGAUUGGUGAUGUGGAGAUAGUGAGAUGGUUUUGCCUUCCGAGCAAGAUGAAGAUAAUGCUUGUGAGAUGCUCUGCCGAGAGAUAUAUUACCUGACUAGUUAAUUCCAAGUUAUUGUAGCAUACCUCUUGCUGCUGGUUGGAUCGUUUCCUUUGAUCCUCGCUAGGACUGUAGGAGUUGGUUAGUUUAGGAACUUUAUUCAAGAUGAUGCAGAGGCCGUUCCGCCCGGAGGAGUACUCCUUGAAGGAGACUUCUCCGCACCUUGGUGGUGGAGCUGCGGGUGACAAGCUCACCACCACCUAUGACUUGGUUGAGCAGAUGCAGUAUCUUUAUGUCCGGGUUGUAAAAGCUAAGGACCUUCCAAGCAAGGACAUCACUGGAAGCUGUGACCCGUAUGUUGAGGUGAAGCUUGGGAAUUACAAGGGUACAACUCGGCAUUUCGAGAAGAAGACUAAUCCUGAGUGGAACCAGGUCUUUGCCUUCUCAAAGGAGCGCAUUCAGUCAUCAGUGGUGGAGAUCAUUGUCAAGGAUAAGGACUUUGUCAAGGAUGACUUUAUCGGGCGGGUUUGUUUUGACCUGAAUGAGGUCCCAAAACGUGUGCCACCAGACAGCCCAUUGGCUCCACAGUGGUAUCGUCUGGAAGAAAGGAAUGGGCACAAGGUGAAGGGAGAGUUGAUGUUAGCUGUUUGGAUGGGUACUCAAGCAGAUGAAGCAUUCCCUGAAGCUUGGCAUUCUGAUGCAGCGUCAAUCCCUGGAGAUGGACUUGCAAGUAUUAGAUCAAAAGUUUACCUUACUCCAAAGCUUUGGUAUCUCAGAGUCAAUAUCAUUGAGGCACAGGAUCUUAUUCCAAAUGACAGGACCAGAUUCCCUGAAGUUUAUGUCAAGGCAAUGCUAGGUAAUCAAGCUCUUAGAACCAGGGUGUCACCAAGCCGGACACUGAAUCCAAUGUGGAAUGAGGAUUUAAUGUUUGUUGCAGCGGAACCUUUUGAGGAACACCUGAUUUUGAGUGUGGAAGAUAGGAUUGCCCCAGGAAAGGAUGAUGUACUUGGAAGGACAAUCAUUUCUCUGCAGCAUGUACCUCGGAGGCUGGAUCACAAGUUGCUGAACAGCCAAUGGUACAAUCUCGAGAAGCAUAUAAUUGUUGAUGGUGAGCAGAAGAAAGAGACCAAAUUUUCAAGCCGCAUUCACUUGAGAAUAUGCCUCGAAGGUGGAUAUCAUGUCUUAGAUGAGUCAACACAUUACAGCAGCGACUUGAGGCCUACUGCCAAACAGUUAUGGAAGCAUAGCAUUGGCAUUCUUGAGUUGGGUAUAUUGACAGCACAGGGACUGUUGCCGAUGAAGACUAAGGAUGGGCGUGGCACAACUGAUGCUUAUUGUGUUGCUAAGUAUGGGCAGAAGUGGGUGCGGACAAGGACUAUCAUUGAUAGUUUCACUCCCAAGUGGAAUGAGCAGUAUACGUGGGAGGUGUAUGAUCCAUGCACUGUGAUCACUAUUGGUGUAUUUGACAAUUGCCACUUGAAUGGUGGGGAAAAGGCUAAUGGUGCCCGGGAUACCAGAAUCGGGAAGGUCCGCAUCCGCCUCUCAACACUAGAAACUGAUCGAGUGUAUACUCAUGCUUACCCUCUUAUUGUUCUGACACCUGCUGGUGUUAAGAAAAUGGGUGAGGUACAGCUUGCCGUCAGGUUCACAUGCUCAUCGCUACUGAACAUGAUGCAUCUUUAUUCACAACCAUUGCUGCCCAAGAUGCACUAUGUGCAUCCAUUGUCGGUGAUGCAGGUAGACAACCUAAGGCGCCAAGCCACCAACAUUGUAUCAACAAGGCUGAGCCGUGCCGAACCACCAUUACGGAAGGAAAUUGUGGAGUACAUGUUGGAUGUUGAUUCUCACAUGUGGAGCAUGCGAAAGAGCAAGGCAAACUUCUUCCGUAUCAUGGGUGUCCUGAGCCCUCUGAUUGCAGUGGCCAAGUGGUUUGAUCAGAUCUGCCAUUGGAGAAAUCCCCUGACCACUAUACUGAUCCAUGUUCUGUUUGUGAUAUUAGUCUUAUAUCCAGAGCUGAUACUGCCAACAAUCUUUCUCUACCUGUUCCUGAUUGGAGUGUGGUACUACCGGUGGCGCCCAAGGCAGCCACCUCACAUGGACACUCGCCUCUCGCAUGCAGAGAGCGCUCAUCCCGAUGAGCUUGAUGAAGAGUUUGACACAUUCCCUACUUCUCGCCCACCUGACAUUGUGAGGAUGCGGUAUGACCGGCUGAGGAGCGUUGCUGGGAGGAUACAGACUGUCGUCGGUGAUCUUGCAACACAGGGAGAAAGGCUGCAGUCCCUGCUGAGCUGGAGAGACCCUAGAGCCACGGCGCUCUUUGUGACCUUCUGCUUUGUUGCCGCCAUCGUGCUCUACGUGACUCCAUUCCGCGUCGUCGUCUUCCUCGCAGGUCUGUAUACCUUGAGACAUCCAAGGUUCCGCCACAAGAUGCCCUCCGUCCCCCUCAACUUCUUCAGGAGGCUCCCAGCAAGGACCGAUAGCAUGUUGUAAGCUCGACUGCCUCUUUUCUAUGCUAUAUCGAAGAUUCGAGUCCCAGUGGCUGCCCUUGCAGCUGAGCCGUGCCUUAGGUGAUGGCCGCAAUGCAUCUAAGAAUUGGAGAAAACCUGAACUCCUAUGUAUUCUCUUUUUGUAGUCUUUUCAGUUGCAUGGUUAUGUAUGUCUCCUUCAGAUGGUUUUGAACCUUUCAUGUAACUACUAAAUGCAUGAUGUGACUGGAUUUGCAUGUAUGGUGCCUGCGGAAAACUUGUUCUUGG